AUGGUUCUCACCAAAGAAUAUAGAAUAUGCAUGCCUAUGACAGUCGAAGAGUAUCGUAUCGGACAGUUAUAUAUGAUAGCAAGGCAUAGCUUUGAGCAGUCAAGUAAUGGUGAAGGGGUGGAGGUAAUUGCCAAUGAACAAGUUAAUGAUGAAAUAAAUGGGGUUGGCCAGUUUACUGAAAAAAGGAUACAUUUGUCUAGCCAUUUACCAUAUUGGAUCCAAAGUAUAAUACCAAAGAUUUUUUAUGUUACUGAAAAAGCCUGGAAUUACUAUCCAUACACAAUAACAGAAUAUACUUGUUCUUUUAUUCCAAAAUUUUUAAUAUCCAUCCAAACAAGAUAUGAAAAUAAUAAUGGGACAACUGAAAAUUGUUUGGGUUUAACAGCAGAAGAACUGGAACAGCGUGAUGUAGACUUUUUGGAUAUAGCUUAUGAUGAAAUCAAACCUCAUCACUAUAAAGAGUCUGAAGACCCUAAAUUUUUUAAGUCAGAAAAAUCUGGCAGAGGCCCACUUACUGAAGGCUGGAGGGACACCCACUCGCCAAUCAUGUGUUGUUACAAAGUAGUCCAUGCUAAAUUUGAAGUGUGGGGACUGCAGACUAAAGUAGAGGAUUAUGUGCAAGUAGCAAUCAGGGAAAUACUCCUCCUUGGCCAUCGGCAAGCUUUCACAUGGAUGGAUGAAUGGUUUAAUAUGACCAUUGAGGAUGUCCGAACAUAUGAAAAGGAAAUGCAGGAUAAGACCAACAUGAAGGUAAAAACCGCUUUAGAAGAAGCAGAAAAUACUCAAGAUGGACAAGACAGCAAAAAGUCAUCACAGCCGGCGACACCCAAGACUCCAAAGUCGCCUAAAAGCCCUCUAGGGACGCCCUCCGAAUCGAGAUCAUGGUUUUCUUGGUCA